AGAGAGAGAAACCUGGAGAGUGAGGGAGGAUAGAAAGCAUUGGGGGAACGAGAGAGGAGUCAACAAUAGUGUUGAGCACGUUUCCCGAGAUGAUGUAAGUAAACAACGAAAUAUCCCUCUAAAUGAUACAAUACAUCCCGGAUAUAAGCAGUUAAGAUCAACGGAAAAGGGAGAAGGAGCAGAAACCAAAACUGCAAAAGAACCUGAAAACCCAAGUAGUCCACACAAACCAGUGAUUCAACAGGACAACAAAUAUUCUUCAUCCGAUAACUCUGAGAAUUCCAAAACAAAAUCUGGAAAAAUAAACUGCAUAUGCUUAUAUCAUACCUUUGACCCAGAGAUGCUAAGAUGCUCCAGCUGUGGUAACUUUUCCCACAAAACUUGUUACAACAGCAACCUGAAAAGUACUCAUCAAUGCGUAUGUUUAAUUAAGGAAGGCGUAAAAUGUGGAAACCCCGAAAUAGAUAACCAUUUCAGUAAUAAAUCAAGAUCUAUCGAGGAAAAUCUUGCUUUUGUUUUCAACCUCAAUCGUAAGAGAGUCUUGAAAUCAAUUCUAAACCAAGAGUUCCUAACCUGUCAGCCGGGAAGCGAUCCUUCCAUAGAAUUUUUGAAAAUAAGGUUUGGUUACUCCACCGAUUAUGCAUCACCCUGAACUUAUUAAGUGAGGGCUUCAUUACAAUCUCCGAUGGGUUCUCUUUUAAUGCUGGUAUUAUUAUUAAAGAAUUAGGGCUCCGCAAUGAUGAUAAUGAGUUAGACGAAGCAUUGAGGAGAGAAUCUAAAGAGCAGUUAUUUGAAAUUAGGGACUGCUUCAACAAAAUACCAGAAAACUCUAAAAAAGAGGCAGAGAAAAGAGAAACUCUCAAGGAUGAUCUAAAUACAUCAGAAAUCAAAGACAAAGGUCCAAGGAAAGGGAAAGCUUCCAAUACCAACCACUCCUCAAAACCAUGGAUCAAGCGUGAGAUGGAUUUACCAAGUUCAUAGUACAACAAAGAACAUGGCGUACACGGUACAGGGAUUAAUAUUGAGUCAAGUUCAUGGAACACAGAAGAAGAACAGACUAGCCCAAGACCAAUGAGUAUCGAAGGAGAAGAGUCUGGACUAAGUAUAAGGAACGUGAGUGAAGAGUCUGUACCAAUUAUAAUUGUAAACGAUGAGACUGAAACCACAACAAACAGAAAUAGAGGAGAGAAAAGAAAGAUUCAGACGCAAUCAAGUGAGGGAAAGAAACUAAACCAAUCUGAUAUUAGGUUAGCCAAGUUUGCCACUCUCCUGAGUCAAGAUGACACUGGGAAUAUAGUUGAAAUACGUAAUAUUGACGAUGAGGAAAUAAACUCAUCGAUAACAGAUUCGGUUCCAAAUAAAACAUUUGAACCUUUCGAAUCUGAAAAAAUAAAGAGGAUUCCGGCACAAACUCCCCGGGAAGAAAAAGAUCUUAAUGUGAACAAAAUAGAUUCAGAAACCGGUAGACCUAAACCUGCGAGAAGAAUGCAAAUUUCAGGCUCCGACGGCAAAGGGAACCAUGUUGUCAAUAUUUCAGUAAAAAUACCAACCUGUUGUCAGAGCUCAACACAGAGAAUGGAGGAUUUUGUUACAGUCAAUUAUGAAGAAGGUAAGGAUAAAGUCGAUGGUUCUACCCAGAUCCAAGUUACAGAUCCUGAGAUGCAUGUAGACGACGACAAUAUGGAAAUAGAAGAAAAAUGUAAAGCAAUCAAAAAGCUUGUCUUGGGCAGUGACACAGAUGAUGAUGACAGCAAUAUGUCCAUGCUAGAUUUAUGCGUAUUUAAAAGGGAAUUUAUUGAAGAAAAUGCGCCGAAUCUCGGAGUGCCAGACAACAUGCUACCUGAAAUGCCCGAACGGCUACCUAGAAAGUCACGUAAUCCUCAUUUUAAAAGUGGAACUGGAUUGGUGCUGAGAGCUCUUACCCGCAAAUAUGAGCUGACUCUGGGAAGAGUGGAUUCCUACAAUAUCUGCGGGAUUCAGUCUGCUGUUCAAACAUUUUGUAAGCAAGUAGAUAAGCAAAAUCCUCCGACACAAGCAGCAGUUAGCACUGCUUUAAGUACGAGUCUACGAAAAAAGAAAUGGAUUAUGUUAGACGCCGAGAAUAUGUAUCAGAUCACAGAGGCAGGAUUACAGAUGGCAAGAAUAUUGAAUAAGGAUGCUGCUGAUUACAAGAAGAUGUAUGAUGAUGAAAAUACUGAAAUAAUUAUGCCUGACUCGGACUAGAUACAAUAGGACAAGCUUCUGUAGUCAGAACUUUUAAAUUCAUUUUUGAUCUACAGAUUAAUUUAAUUCCUAAACCUUGCAGGGAUAACUGCAAUUAAGGGAUCAAGUAUUUAAGAUAAUUGAUUCCGACCUCUGGUCAUGUUUUAUUCUCAUUAUUUAACUAGUCUAUAUAAAAAAACAUUUGUGUAUGUAUAUAUGUUGCCAAACGGCUGAAUUUUCAUUUGUGGACACUCAUAGGUGGUGUUAAAGGCUAAAAAAAUUAUUUAAUUUUUUUCCCACGGGCAACGCUGGUCCCUUCAGCUAGUAGAUAUUAAAACAGUUCACAAUACACCUUGUCAAUCUCAAAUAAAUAUCUCGUUUAUUUUUCACUAUAAUUGCAUAAUUUUUCACAUAUAUGUUUUCACUAUAAUUGCUUAUAUUUUUUCACCCGGUGCAUUGAUGACACCAGUGGACAAGUGAUGCCAAGGUUUACCAGUGAUUUUAAACAUGUAAAACCGUAUGAAAAGUAUUUUAUACUGAUUUUGGUCUAAAGUAAAUGCGAUUUAUGAAAUAGAACACUUAAACAAUUUUGCUUGCAUAAAAUCAAGUUGAAUUAUCGCCGCCAGUUUGGCCGAAUUUAAAGAAUUUGAGCCGCGUCUCAAAUUUAAGACGCGGCUCAAACAUGGUUGGUUCCACUUGAAAUUGUAUUCAGUGUCUCGAGAUUUGAGCCGGUGCUCAACUGAAACCGGUUCAGUGACGAGAUUUAAAGUCUUAAAAUUCGGCCUCGUAUCCUAGAUCCUAUAUACUUGGUUUCUAGUAUUAUGUACUUAAGUACAGUGCUUAGGAUCCGGCUUCUGUGAAUCCGGAUCCGGAACUGUAUGGGAUUCCAAGGGGGGGAAAUAUCAACAAAAAUAUAUAACGAAAACCUUUCUGUCUUCAAGCCACAAAUAUUAUGUUAAGAUUAUAUUAAGUUAUGAUAAAAAAAGAUCACCAUCUCUUUUGGUUAAGGGGAUAUUUGUCUUUAUAGUUACGUUUAUUUGUUAAACUUGGUACCGAAUAUAAUAAUCUGAACCGCCUACUACUGGUUUAACUUUGAAUCGGUGGCAUUUACGUAGCUCAAAUCCAUUAAAUUCGGUUCCUGAAGAAAUAUGUUUGAGCUCAAUUCGGAUCCGAAUUCUCACUUGUUAGUAUUAUCUAAGAUCCGGAUAUAUACAGGCUGGAUCCAGGAUCCGGAUAUAUACAGGCUGGAUCCAGGAUCCGGAUAUAUACAGGCUGGAUCCAGGAUCCGGAUA